AUGGCGACGGCAAACUUACCGCCUGGCGCGGUGCCCACGAAUGCCGAGGACCCCUUCACCUCCGGACCAUCGCAGUCCUCGGCGCCGCUACGAUACGGAGCAUUUGACAAUGAGCAGUUCUCGCUGUACUCCACAAACUCGCCCUCUGCCGCGAGACGAGCGCUUGAAGCACAUCUCAAAGACACGGAUCGGCGGAUUCAGGAUGCUUCUAAGCUGGGUAGUACCCUGGUCCAGCAGAGGAGGGAUCUGGCGGCCAAACUGAAAGAGGUUGAGCAGAUGCAGCAGGAUGGUGAGGUACCCGAUGAUCUGCGCAACAGGCUCGCAGAGCUGGAGCGGGAGUACAACGAGAUUGGGCAGGACACGGCUCGAGCAUUCCUCCCACGAGGCAGGAUAGCCAGCGACACGGCCGGACCGGACGGUAGUCCCGUGAUUUCAGGUUCCGGUCGAGAGUCGCCAACGAAGCUGUCGAUGCCUUCGAGAAGGCAGCGGAAUCAGCCCACCCAUCGUGUCCACGAUAUUGAAUUCGCAACGGAGAUUAGUACCUCCCUCCUUGCUCAAGUUCGACAAUUGCAGGCCGCGCUGGCGGAAAAGGACGAGGCGCUGAGAGACACCAAUGCCGCCAAAUCUCACCUCGAGUCCGAAGCUGCAAGCCUAGUGCAACGAAUACGGCAUAUGGAUGAGAGCGAGCAAAAGUACAAAGAUGAGAAUUGGACCCUUGAAACACGAUUGCAGGAAAUGGAGGCGACUCUGAAGCACACCACAGACAAGGAAAAUCGGCUGGCCCAGACAUUGAUGGCGUUGCAAGCGGAGAAGGCGGCGAAAGAGCGGGAGCUGGAUGACCUCAGAGUGUCGCAUGAUAAGCUCAGCGAGGAACAGGCCAUGACCAAGAGGAUACAAGAAACUGAUCUUCAUGGUCUACGGCGUGACGCUGCGUCUCAUGAGACAGAAAAGCAGCGUCUGACAAGGAGGAUCGACGAACUCACGAUUCAAAACACCGAGCUUGCAAAAGCUGUCUCCUAUCGCUUAGCCAUGAGGGCCCAACCCUCCGACACCGAUUUCGUUUCCGCAGAGGAAGGUGUCCGCUCUGAUGAUGAUUUUCCAGAUCAUAGCGAGCCUACAUCCCCCAUCAAGGGAACACCGGCACGACAUGGUAUGCUGGAGUCGGAGACCCUCAAGUCCAGUCUCAACCACGCUCACCGCAUGAUUCAAAAUCUGAAGAACAACAUCCACCGUGAAAAGACGGAGAAGCUGGAGCUGAAGCGCAUGCUACAGGAUGCUCGUGACGAACUUGAGACUCGCCGUGACAGCGCUGCAGGUGCGAAUGCUACAAAGAAGCCUCGAGCAUCUGACGGGAUCAAAUUCAAGAGACCGUCGAAGCCUUUGGGCGCUGCAAGGCCGAGCACGACAGAGAUUCUCGCAGAUGAGCCGGAGUGGGAAGACUCUAUCGAAGAGCAGACWCCUAGCAAGCCAAGACCCAGGGCUCAUCAAUAUGGAGGCAGCUCGUAUGAUGCAGAGACCACCGACGCAGAUUUCGAAACGGCCAACGAGCGUGAUACCACAACUGAGAGCGAGGCUUUUGCGACUGGAAAUGAGGACUUUGGCGAUGAUACCGAAGGCGACUUGACAGAGACCGAAGCUGAUCGCAGCAUGCAUUCUUCCGCAAUUUCUACCAAGCCUGGUGAUAGACGGAGCUACAUGUCCACCGCUUCUACCGAUGACGAGGAAGGGAGUGUGAGUACACCCGUGCAGAAUGGCGGUCUGCCCAAGUAUAAGUUGCGACUCGGCAGAGGUGGCGUGAGGAGGUCUGCUGGUUAUCGCGUUGGUAGCGAACGAUCUGGUAGUGAAAGCAUCGGUACUCCGCAACGGCCCGCUCAAACGCUGGGAGAUGAGCUGGAAGGAAUGGACGACGACAGCAACGAAGGCACACCGGCAAGUUUGCUUUCUAACAGGGACGAGGCGCUCGACUACGGGCUUGAGAGCCCGGAAACCACCAGGGCGGUCAGUGUGGGACCAGAGACACCUUCCCGGUCAACAAUCCUGCCCACUCUAGCGCCUCCAUUCGUCGAAGCGAGGGCUGCGAUGGUGGACGCUGGCGUCAUGACUGAGCCAUGGGAGCCAGAGCAGCGUGGAGUGACGGUCGCUGAUACUGCGAACGCACACACAGAAGCCACCGAAGCGGAGCCACAGACAUUGAGAGAGCGGGCGGGAGACCUGGUUGGCGGUGCUCUGGCCGGCUUUGGACUCAGUCGAGUCAUUGGUCACAGUUCUGGACAGGAGGCUGAGCGUCCGGUGACGCCUAAGGCGGAGCUACCAGAAGUCAACCUUCAACGGAGAGAUUGGGGCUCCGAUGCCUUUUCUCACAGCACACAACAGAGACAUUGGGGCUCCGAUGCCUUUGCUCACAGCACACAACAGAGACAUUGGGGCUCCGAUGCCUUUGCUCACAGCACACAACAGAGACAUUGGGGCUCUGAUGCAUUUGGUCACAGUCUUGGACAGGAGGCUGAGCGUCCGGUGACCCCCAAGGCGGACUUGCCAGAAGUCAUCCUACAACAGAGAGACUGGGGCUCCGACGCCUUUAGUCACAGUCCACCCAAGGAGAAGAAAGUCACCGCGGCUCCUUUCCAACAGUCCGAGAUCUUCGCACAGGAGACCGAACCUAUUUCUCCGCCUCGGCCGGCCGCAGUGGAAACGCUUUCAGCAGCACCAUCGCAGUCACAAACCUCGGAAGCCGGCUUUCAGUCUGUGCAAUCGCCCCGGCAAGUCGACAUUCCUGCCGUGGCACCUGUUCUCCUCUCGUUCUCUCACAUUCAAUCGCAAGACAUCGAGCCUGUCGAGGCUCCGGAGGAAUUCGACGGUUUGGUUGGCGCAACCUCAAGUCUUGCGUUUGCCGACGAGCUACACGAGAUCGACACACGGCAAGAUGUUCACGACAACGGAGAUGUGGUACCUGGCGCUGACGUUGACGCUCGUGGCGAUAUUCACGGCAUUCCCGGCACUGCUAAUGCAGCCCCCGGCGCUGCUCUCAUGUCGUCUAGCAGGCAGAGCUCAGAUGCCAUACCGGCGCCGGAGCGCAGUGCCCAAGUCAUCCAGCUUCCUCCAAUGGCCGACGAGGGAUCUCAGACUCUGGUCUCCGGUGAAGACAUUGACAGGAUGAUAAAAGAUAAGAAGGCUGCUGUUUUCACCCCGAUCGUCCAGGCAAGAGAUGUUACAGAUGCCGGGUCUUCUCCUUUGCGAGUCUCUACCAGCUCUGCCGCGGCCACGCCUGGUUCGCCGACGAGAAGACUCUUCCCAGACAGUAGCGCUCGGCCGUCUGUGUUCGAUAGUCCAACUUUAAGAGCACCGCUUCGACCAUCAAGCGCCGGGAGUGGCACCGCAAGAGUGUUUCUGGGCGCGCCUCCUCUCCCACCAGAUCAUACCGAGAAGAUCGCCGCUGCAGCUCAAUCCACACCUACGCCAGCCGGAGGWGUGUUGGGCGCGAACAUGGGUCCACCAAACAUGCCUGCGUCUGCGUACAAGCCAAGGCCAAAGACUCCCGCCUCUCGCGACGGUCCUACCCCACGUCAAACACGCCCGAUCAAGGAAAUCCGACCUGUGGCCUCGCAGUCCGACCGCAUCUCGCACCGAACAUCUGUGUCUUCAUUUGCGUCUGAGCUUGACGAGCGAUUCAACAUCACUCGGGGUCAUAUCAUGUACCCGACCGACGUCGAACCUGCCACAGAUCCUCGCAUGAUUCAAGCCAUCACCCAGACUAUGAUUGGUGAGUACCUAUGGAAGUACACUCGCAAAGCUGGUCGCUCCGAGACUUCGACCACUCGCCACAGACGCUUCUUCUGGAUCCACCCGUACACUCGCACGCUGUACUGGAGCGAGCAGGAUCCCAGCACCGCGGGCAAGAACAUGCUCAAAGCAAAGAGUGUCGCCAUCGAUGCCGUACGUGUCAUCAGUGAUGAUAAUGCCUACCCGCCAGGUCUACAUCGUAAGACGAUCGUGGUAGUCACACCGGGUAGGGAGAUCGUCUUCACUGCACCUACGGGACAACGACACGAGACAUGGUUCAACGCUCUCUCGUACUUGCUCCUCCGCACGGAAGGCAUCAGAAGAGAGGCGGAAGACCAGCUCACACAGGAUGAGCUGAACGAGUUCAACCCUGCUGUGGGUUUCGCGGGGACUGUGAAAGCCAGUAUUGCCAAAGCCACGGGUAGAAGCCAGAGCAAACAAAGCCGGACAAGCCUGAGCAGUUACAACUCCCGCACCACGAGAACCAGCAGUCCACAGCGGUAUCAGUAUUCUACUACAGGAGCUCGUGAUGGUGCAAUCAGUCAAGCCAGUUAUCGCACCGCGACAACGAACCGCAGCACAGGCCCCGAACAACCCGUAGGUAGCAAAAGCAACCGCGCUUUCAGCUCCAUGGCUAGUCGGUUUCACCGCCCAGGUAGCAGCCACGCUUCACGGACGAGAAGAUCCAGCAGUCUUGCCCGGAGGAAUCUCAUCGCCGGAGAUCCAGCGGCGAUCUAUGAUGCCAGUGUCGUCGGUGGAGACAGCGCAGAAGACUUGAGAGCGGUCAUUGAGAGACAGGAGCGUGAGGCUGGAGUGAGGCUCGAGAAUGUUCGGGCUUGUUGUGAUGGUGAGUACAUCGGGCAUGAGGUCUCGACUUGA